AUGUUUUCUCUGGCAGCACACACAGAUGUUCGUGCAUUUCCGCGUUUCUUCAAACAGUUUAUUAAGAGAUGCGUCUUCACGAAGAAACAAGUACUUCGUGAUAUUUCGUUUCGUGAUGCUAAUUUUGGAAUUGCAUUUGAUGUCGAUGGGGUUUUUACAAGAGGACCUCUAGUCUUACCUGACGCCCUUCGAGCCUCCGAAAUGCUGCAUGAAGAAAAUGGGAAUUGGCGUAUUCCUGUCUUAUUUCUUACAAACGCAGCAAAUAUUUUGCCUUCAGAGAUCGUAACGCCAAAUUCGGCUCUGAAAAUUUAUUCGGUAUUUGACAAACAUGUCGCUGUUUGUGGUCAUGGUUCUCUUAAGGCGGUCGCAAAAAGCAUUGGAUUUAAAAAGAUUUCCACAAUCGAGGAUAUUUCUGCAAACUUUCCUUGGCUAGAUGCCUGCAGACCAAAGGAAGUUCUCUAUUCUGACGCGUUAAAGAGAGCAGAUUUUAGCAAGAUUGAAGCUAAAUCACCUCCUCCCCAGUUGCCAAUUUUUGUCUGCGGAAGCGAUCUCGUAUGGGCUAGCAAUGCUCCCAGUCCACGAAUCGCCAUGGGAAGCUUUUUGUGCUGCCUGGAUACCCUCUACGAGAACCUGACUGGCCGACGUAUCACCUACACUGGCCUGUUGGGCAAGCCAAACCCUCUUGCAUACAUCUUUGCCCUCUCUCAACUCAACGCCAUUGCGGCAAAGCGGUUUGGUGCCACACAGCCCCUCAAACGCAUCUAUUGCAUUGGUGACAAUCCCGAGGUGGACAUCUACGGAGCCAACCUCUUCAACCUCUACCUUCAGACCAUCUCUGAUGAGACGUGGAGCCCCCUCUUUGAGUUGAUAAGCACGCUGGUGCAAGAGGAGCAUCCUUGCCUUUUCUCCGGCCCCUCCACGAACAAAUGCGACCGACCGGAGCUGCUCAUCGAGAAGGCGAUCAAAUGGAGCCAGCUAACUCGACGCUCCAAAACCAUGCUUGAGACACUCAGGGAACUAGUAAUAGAAAAACCGAAACGAUCCCCCCCAUGCACUAUGGAACCUAUCCUAGUAACUUCCGGUGUCUACCAGGAAACUGAGGGAGUGCCAGAUGAAUGGAAGGGUCUGCACCAUGUACUGCAGGACUUUUCGGACCUCUCUCACCUCUACGAGCCACGCUUCGUGUCUCCUAACGUGGCUGAAGCUGUUGCCUCCAUCCUCUCCUUGGAAUGCGCCCUCGGCAGUUCAGAGGCCACAUCCAUCCCUGCCUCCGCCAACGGUGACCUCAAUUAG